AUGCUUGAUCCGCUGGAGAACGGCCUGUUUGACAUACCAGAUUAUGAAAAUAUAGAGGAUGAGGCCUUCCCCCCUCUCCCUCCACCUCUGUCCCCAGGACAGGACGAUGCUGCUGACGCAGAUCCAUUUGCCAACGGUGAGGGAAGGACUUGUGGUGAAGUUUCUAAACUGGCAGAAGUCCCUGUUGCCAAGAGAAGAGCUGUGAAGAGACCUCAGCCCAAGCUUGACUCUCAGAGGCUGGUUUCUGAAAGAGGACUUCCAGCUCUUCGUACACUUUUCGACAAUGUACGAUUCAAAGGCAAGGGCCAUGAGGCUGAAGACCUAAAAGUUCUUAUGCAGAAAAUGGAAAACUGGGCCCACAGACUUUACCCUAAACUACAAUUUGAAGAUUUCAUUGACAAACUGGAAGUUUUAGGAAACAAAAAAGAAGUGCAGACAUGUUUAAAACGAAUUCGACUAGACAUGCCCCUGGUACAUGAAGAUUUCAUUGGACGUGAUGAGGACGCCGAGGCUGGCGCUCCGAGUGAACCUGAUCCGUUCGGCGAUGGAGAUUUUCCGGAAGAGGCUUUCGUCCACUCCACUCCGGCCCCAGUCUCCCUGACCGAGGAGCAGCAGCGACGCAUCGAACUCAACAAACAGCUGGCCUUAGAGAGGAGGCUGGCCCGCCAACAGGAACAGCAGCAGCAAGAGGCAUCUCAGGUGUGUGGUGAUGCUGAUGAGCCAUCUACUAGCACUUCAACACACUUCCCCAGUCAAGCAGAGGGGGAGGAGGAUUUUGACUCAGACAGUACUAAAAACAUAAGCUCACAAAAGCAGCCUUUCAAGUCCCAGGAUUCUCCACUGUUUGACGACGAGCGAGACAGCCCAGUUCCAGAGAUGACCAAUGGCGUUGAAGACAGCAGUGAUUGACCCUGCUCCCUGAGCCUGUUUGUCACUUAAAUAGCCAAUAGGAUGGACACUCUGAGAGGGCCUCC